UGUCAAUAGCUUGACUUACAAUCGCAAAGAUAUCAAUACUGAGUCGGAUUGCUAAACAUAUUUUAUUUUGGUCAAUGAAAUUAAGACAUUUUUAAAUGCUCGUAGGUCGUUCAUAACUUGACUACCGGUAUUUUAAAUAUGGAGAAUAUGCCACAAACCGAAAGUGCCCGCCAAUGCUCGUCAGUUCAUGGCGCACUGACUCUAAAGAAAGAAAAAGUCCCUUCCUUUCGGAUGUCUAUUAUUUUUAUAGGAAUUUCAGUUUGUAGCAUCAGUUUAGGAAUCAUAAUGAUUGUCUAUAAAGACCAGGACCGCGAUGAACUGAAUUUUGCAGCGAAAACAGGCUCUCCAAUAUGGUCUGGAUCAAUGCUCCUGCUCAGUGGCAUAUUUUGUUUUGUGGUAUCCGGUAAGGAUGUCAGUUACAGAGAUGUCGCAUCAGAUGGCUAUUACAAUGGCAUGGUGGCUUACGGAAUAAUAAACGUAUUAAGUUUAUUUAUAAAUAUCGGAGCUGUGCUUUUAUGCACCCUUACAGUAAUAAUAAGCCGAGGACAAGUAUUGAACAUUUUUGCACUAAUAAUCUCUAUCGUAAUGUUUGACUGUAACAUUGUUGAUGGAGGUUAUGUUGUCGGCAAAACGCCAAACCUUCACAUGUUGGCAGGGCAGAAAACACUUCCUACAAUGAGAGACGAAUGGAGCUAGAUCUGAAACCACAGAUUGAUGAUAGAUCACGUGGUUUAGAUCAAAACACACACGAAAAAUGAUUUGGACAAAACGUCACUUCCCCGGGGCUUUGAGACACCAUAAGAGGUUUAACGUUGCCUACUGAUGCACUAUCAGCGUAUAAUUACAUAUAAUAUAUGAAGUAAAAGGAA